CGCAUGGACUUGCCGUAUACUUACCGUCUGAGUUCUCCGCAAGCAUGAGCUCGUCGGAAGACUCUUUCCUGGCAAUAAAGAUAUCAUUAAAGGAUGCAUCUUCGGCGCACGCCUUAAUCGAAGAGAGAGCUCGAUGGAUACAGGAUGGCUGCAUCCGUACGUCAUAUGACUGACGGCUGACCGCCCAACUUCUCCGCUCUUAAAUGAACAGCAACACCAACAUGGGGUACCAUAACAAUGACUCCAGCAGCUUUGGUAUGCCGCAUACAACCGACUUACCAUGGCCCAUUAUCAAUCACCGACCUUGACUCGCCCUGAGCGGUUCAAUUUUGCUACAGACGUCGUUGACUAUUGGGCAGCCCAGACUCCCGUCCCUCGCGCUUUAUUCUGGACCAGUCGCGAUGGAAAGCAGCAGCGCGACUUGUCUUACAAACACUUCAGCACACAGUCACAUCGGAUUGCGACCCUGCUCGACAGCUUGGGCGUUCGGAGGGGCGAUCGUCUUGUGAUCAUCUUGCCAAGGAUCCCGGAGUGGUGGGAGAUAGUGACGGGAUGCUUGCGUGCAGGAAUCGUCGUUUGUCCGAGCACGACCUUGCUCGUUGCUCAUGACAUCGAGUAUCGCGUCAAUGCAUCACAGGCGACCGUAUUUGUGGGUGACGACGUUAGUUGUCAGAAAUUUGCGGCUGUGCGUGAUAAAUGCCCACAAGUCAAGGUGGUGUUGAAAGUGAACGGAAGCAGUGGAGCCGCGCAAUCGGGCGUCGUGGACCUUUUCUCUGCGCUUUCGAAGGUUCCGUCAGACGCGACGUUUGCCGCCGGUUCCAUCCGCGUCGAAGACCCCGCGAUUAUCUACUUCACAUCCGGAACUACUGGUCUCGCCAAGAUGGUCUUGCAUAACCAAAUUUCUUACCCACUCGCGCAUACAAUCACCGGAAAGCACUGGUUGAGGUUGAAGCCAGGCGACUUGUACUGGAAUCUCUCUGAGCAGGGAUGGGCGAAGGCGGCGUGGUCAUUCUUUGGGACAUGGAACUGCGGAGCAUCAUUGUUCAUUCAGGAUGAUCGUAGUGCAUUUGAUCCAUUCCAUCUCAUCGAUACCCUAAACAAGUUCCCAAUCACGACCAUGUGCGCUCCACCGACCGCUUAUCGUCAACUGGUGCUAGAUAAGUGUCGGAAGUAUUUCGCUGCGAAUCCGCCGAAAGCACUUAACCACGUCACCGGCGCUGGUGAACCUCUGAACGCCGAGGUGAUCAAGAUCUUCAAGGAUAUGUCCGGCGGCUUGCAAAUUUGCGACGGAUAUGGACAGACGGAAACAAUCAUGGUAUGCGGAAACUUUGCCGGAAACCCCAUUAAACCAGGAUCAAUGGGUAAGCCCUCGCCGGGGGUGCCCCUUGCAGUCAUCACUGAAGAAGGCAUUGAAGCACCACAUCACACCGAGGGCGAUAUGGCCAUCAGAGUUAGCAAAGAGUCGACUACUGAUGGCCCGAGCGAGUUCUUUGGUAUCUUUGAUGGCUACAUUCUCAACGGCAAAGCUGAACGUCGUACACGCAUGGCCAAGGACGGCAAGACCGUGUGGUAUCUGACUGGCGAUCGUGCAACACGAGACGAAGACGGAUACUUUUGGUUCGUUGGACGUGCAGACGAUGUCAUCAACUCUGCCGGGUACCGUAUUGGCCCGUUCGAGGUGGAAUCAGUUCUGAAGCAGCAUCCCGGAAUUGUCGAGUCUGCUGUCGUCGCUUCGCCUGAUCCUGAACGCGUGGAAGUUGUGAAGGCCUUCAUCGUCCUCACCGACACUUAUGCGGAGAAGAACGAAGAGGAAUUGAAGCAAGCGAUCCAAGAGUUUUGCAAGACAAAUGCGGCGCCUUACAAGUACCCGAGGAAGAUACAGUUCGUGCCUGCUUCGUUCUUGCCGAAGACUAUCAGUGGGAAGAUUCAGCGGAAUCAGUUGAGGAAGAUGGAGAAGGAGGCAUACGAGGCUCGGAACGAUGGCCCCAAGAGUGUAGCAGGCGUAGCGGCCAAGCUUUGAUGGAGCACGUGAUGCACCUGCAGCUGUCCAUUUAGGAAUUCGCACGCAGAAUGCAAGUCCGCUAUUCCGUGACGCGCCUUCCGCGCUAGUCGAAUGUGGAGGUGUAAAUGAAAGUUC